CUAGUUAAGUUGGAAAGCGAGGAAACUCGAGCUGCUGACUUGUGUUGCAGAAACGGUUACAAGAAUAAUAAGAGAUUCUGAUAUUUGUGGGUGGAGUUCCAGGUUUACAACCAAGCUGCAUUAGCGCGUCACAGAUCUCUGUUCCUAAAAAAGUUGGAUGGUAGGUGGUAAGUGAAUUGUGACUUGGCCGGAAACCAGACUGCUCUAUCUACGGGCGUCUUAGUGAAUUACAAAUCGCCUUUCAAGAGGCUACCUGCCCAAAACAGGAAUGCGAUUCACCUGAUUCCUGCGAACACGACCACAAGUCUCCGAAUCAUGACAACUUCCCUAAUCAGCUCAUCUAGUCGACAUCAGCUGAUUGGAAUGUAAACAAAAAUAACAACAAAAGCGUCGAACUUCGCCGAAGUGCUACGAAUGUGAGCUGACUCUGGGCGAACGGCGACACAAACACAUGCACGCAAAUCACGAGCCGCACUGGCUGCCGCAGCGGUAGUAGGCGACGUCAAAACAAAACCCGGGAGUGGAAAAUAAAAGCCAUACAAAAGCUGCGACCACGGCCCGAGCUGUCAAAGUGUCACCGGCGGACAUUUUCAUUGCCCGUUCCUCGAAUUCGAGGCCCUACCUAACGGCCUUGCACGCUGGUGUGUCUGCAAUUUUCGCAGAAGUUCACUAACUUCCGUUUGAUAUCUGGAUAUUCUUUUUUUCACCCAAUUUGUGCGUCAGAUCUUGUGUGUCGUCAGCGGCGACGAGAGCACGAUCUAGGUGCGACUGUCCGGUCGUCGGCAUAUAAUUUCACAGCAAAUUGACUGCAGCCAGUUCGGCGAGACAAACUCAACGACCAGCAAGGAAAAGUGAAUGGCGAGCCCACACCCGGUGAAUCGAACGCGACGCUAUUUCACCUGCAACAUUUAAAAGUUAGAGGGCGACGGUGCGGAUCGAAGUUCAGGCAAUUUGAAGGCAUCCGGCGGCUGUGAAAAUGGGCGAAAUUGCCACGGCCUGUCAGCAUUUUGCGGCUUACGUGAAGGAGUUUGGCUUCGAUUCGUUUAGUGUGGUGCACGCUUUCUUCUCUGCGUGCGUAACAAAAGAAGCGAGGAGGCGGAAGGCUUUAUCAUGUUUGUGUUACACAUGCGGCGGCUCAGGCCCACAACUUUACUCCUGUCUGCAUUGUAUUUACUUCGGCUGUAAAGGUCAACAUAUUCUCGAUCAUCUUAAAACAAGCAAACAUGUCAUCGCAUUAGAACUUUGCUAUGGAAUGAUUUACUGUAACUCAUGCAAGGAUUUUAUCUAUGAUCAGCAGUGCCAAGCUAUCGCCGAAAAACAUCUAAGAAAAGAGGCUAGGAAUUUAAAUAAAAGCGUGUCAUGGCGUCCAUGGAUACCAUCGCAGGUUGAAAUGAAUCUGCUGCGACAGCAUCCGAAAAGGCGUCAUGUAACUCCAUGUUCAUCGAUUGGCUUGAGAGGUCUACUUAAUCUGGGCUCGACGUGCUUUAUGAAUUGCAUAGUCCAGGCCUUGAUACACACACCAUUGCUGCGAGAUUAUUUUCUCUCAGAACGACAUGAAUGUAGCAUUAAAUCAUCCAUCAACUGUUUAGUUUGCGAGGUUUCUCGUUUAUUUCAGGAGUUUUAUUCUGGAGCUCGCGGGCCACUGUCACUGCAUCGUCUGCUUCAUCUCAUCUGGAAUCACGCAAGGCAUUUGGCAGGCUACGAACAGCAAGAUGCUCAUGAAUUUUUUAUGGCAACCUUGGAUGUCUUGCAUCGUCACUGUGAAAACUCACAGAACAACGAAUCUGACAAAAAUUCAAUCGCACAGAAAACGGAAACGUCCAACACGCAGUGCAAUUGCAUAAUAGAUCAAAUAUUCACGGGAGGACUACAAAGUGAUGUUGUAUGCCAAAAAUGUCAAGGAGUAUCAACUACGAUCGAUCCUUUUUGGGAUAUCUCUCUGGACUUGGGCGAAGCACAACCGGGUGGUGGCCCACCAAAGAGUUUGAUUGAUUGCUUGGAAAGGUUUACGCGGGCCGAACAUUUAGGUUCCAAUGUAAAAAUUAAAUGCUCGAAUUGUGAAAGCUAUCAGGAAUCGACGAAACAACUAUCGAUGCGGACAUUACCUAUCGUCGCUAGUUUUCAUUUGAAGCGGUUCGAACGUAUUAGCCUCGUAAGUGAAACCAAUGCACAUGAUCAUUCAAUGUCCCGAGCUCUAUCACUGUAUCCUAACCAUAUUUUGCAGAUUAAUAAGAAAAUUUCCACAUUUAUAUCCUUUCCAUCAGAACUUGACAUGACACCAUUUAUGUCGCAAAAAAAGGAUAAUCACGGAGAUUAUCGAUACUCUCUUUAUGCCGUUGUAAAUCACGUAGGCACUCUCGAUAAGGGUCACUAUACGGCCUACGUGAGACAUCAAAAGGAUAUUUGGGUAAAAUGUGACGAUGACAUUAUAACAACUGCCACCAUUAAACAAGUAUUAGAUAGUGAAGGGUAUUUACUAUUUUACCACAAGAAAGUGCUUGAAUACGAGUAAGCCGGCUUUGAACAAAAUGACUGAACAUUAUUAACGUAGGAGAAUAGGUCAAGGAGCUAAAUAGUAUACCUGCAAGUACUUAAGAUGUUUCCAACUACAACACCAGGCAAAUGCAUACGUAAGAUAUGACUUGGACGAGCGGUCGAGCUGUGAGCCAUGCAACUAUAUCGUUGUGUACACUAUAAAUCAAUUGUGUUCUUACUUAAAACCAUAUUCAAAAGCUAAACUUGAUAAAUACGCGUAUUGGAAAAGGACAGAAAUUUCAAAGAAUCUACUCGACAUUAUGGUACCUCUAUGAAUAUACCUUCCUGUAAUGAGAAUUAUUUUAGUAGUGCAUACAUUUGCGGUUAUACGCUUUUAAUGGAGGCAUAUCUCUUUUCCUUUUCCUUCAAUCUUUUUCUCGGAUCUCCCAUCCCAAAAGCAUCGCUAUUCCAAGCAUACGUGUGCGCAGAAAAAUCGCUUCUAUCUGUUUAAUAGGCGAUACCGUACGUUUCGAAUUCUACUUCUGCUUACUCUUACAACUUUUAGUUCAAUUCAAAUGAAGUUCACAUGAUUUUUUUACUGACAAUAUCAUCAAAUGGCGAUAAUGAUAGGAUUCCAUUUAAAUAAUUGAUUUUAUGAUUGUAAAUAUUAUGAUUAUGAUUCUCGUUUUUUAAUUUUUCCACUAGUUUUAGUUUUUACGUUUAAAUAAUAAUAUUGGUAACCAAAAAAA